AUGCAGACCAUAAAGUGUGUGGUGGUGGGCGAUGGUGCCGUGGGUAAGACUUGCCUGCUUAUCUCCUACACGACCAACGCCUUCCCAGAGGAGUACAUCCCCACCGUGUUUGACAACUACAGCGCCCAGAUAAGUGUGGACGGCCGCGCCAUCAGCCUUAACCUGUGGGACACGGCAGGCCAGGAGGAAUACGACCGCCUGCGCACCCUCUCUUACCCCCAGACCAACGUCUUCAUCAUCUGCUUCUCCAUCGGCAGCCCCUCCUCUCACGCCAACGUACGGCACAAGUGGCACCCAGAGGUAUCCCACCACUGUCCCGGAGUUCCAGUGCUGCUGGUGGGCACCAAGAAGGAUCUGCGUGGAGAUACGGAGGCGGUGAAGAAGUUGAAGGAGCACGGCUUGACCCCCACCACCCAACAGCAGGGCAAUGCCUUAGCCAAGCAGAUCGGUGCUGUCAAAUACCUGGAGUGCUCAGCUCUGAUGCAGGAAGGUGUGAGGGAGGUGUUCGCAGAGGCUGUGCGAGCUGUGCUCUACCCCGUUACCAAGAAGAAUGACAAGAAGUGUGUUCUGUUAUAA